CUUCUUGGCUUUUAUGAGCUAUUCAAGAGAGCUUUAGUCAUCACGUUGUGUCACAAUGGGAGUGACUCACAGAGCAAGGAGAGAACCUGAGGAUUCCUCACACAUGUAGUACUCAGAGCUCUACAGAAACCCAGGCACCUCAACCUCAAGAGGAUCAGCCUGGCCAGGGUGGCACAACUCUUCCUUCCCCGUGCACAGCAGGAAAGCUGCCGUCAGCUGAGCAAGUCCACCAACAGUUUCUGUGUCCCACUUCAUCUUUAAUAAGGACACCAUCUUCUUUUAUUAUAGAAGAAAGGAGUGUACCUAUUACACACAGGGGGAAAAUGCUCUUUUGGGUGCUAGGCUUCCUAAUCCUCUGUGGUUUUCUGUGGACUCGUAAAGGAAAACUAAAGAUUGCAGACAUCACUGAUAAGUACAUUUUUAUCACUGGAUGUGACUCGGGCUUUGGAAACUUGGCAGCCAGAACUUUUGAUAAAAAGGGAUUUCAUGUAAUCGCUGCCUGUCUGACUGAAUCAGGAUCAACCGCUUUAAAGUCAGAAACCUCAGAGAGACUUCGUACUGUACUUCUGGAUGUGACUGACCCAGAGAAUGUCAAGAGGACUGCCCAGUGGGUGAAGAACCAAGUUGGGGAAAAAGGUCUCUGGGGUCUGAUCAAUAAUGCUGGUAUUCCCGGUGUGCUGGCUCCCACUGACUGGCUGACACUAGAGGACUACAGAGAACCCAUUGAAGUGAAUCUGUUUGGACUCAUCAGUGUGACACUAAAUAUGCUUCCCUUGGUCAAGAAAGCUCAAGGGAGAGUUAUUAAUGUCUCCAGUGUUGGAGGUCGCCUUGCAAUCGUUGGAGGGGGCUAUACUCCAUCCAAAUAUGCAGUGGAAGGUUUCAAUGACAGCUUAAGACGGGACAUGAAAGCUUUUGGUGUACACGUCUCAUGUAUUGAACCAGGAUUGUUCAAAACAAACUUGGCAGAUCCAGUAAAGGUAACUGAAAAAAAACUCGCCAUUUGGGAGCAGCUGUCUCCAGACAUCAAACAACAAUAUGGAGAAGGUUACAUUGAAAAAAGUCUAGACAAACUGAAAGGCAAUAAAUCCUAUGCAAACAUGGACCUCUCUCCGGUGGUAGAGUGCAUGGACCACGCUCUAACAAGUCUCUUCCCUAAGACUCAUUAUGCUGUUGGAAAAGAUGCCAAAAUUUUCUGGAUACCUCUGUCUCACAUGCCAGCAGUUUUGCAAGACUUUUUGUUGUUGAAACGGAAAACAGAGCUGGCUAAUCCCAAGGCAGUGUGACUCAGCUAACCACAGGUGCCUGCUCCAGGCUAUGAGAUUGGCCGAUUUCAAGAGCACAUCUCCUUUUCAACCCCAUUCUUUAUCUGUUCCAACCUGGACUCAUUUAGAUCCUACUUAUUUGGAUUACAAAAGGGAGUCCCACCAUUGCUGGUGGUGUCCUAGGGUCCCUGCUCAAGUUUUCUUUGAAAAGGAGGGCUGGAAUGGUACAUCACACAGGCAGGUCCUGCCAUGUAUGUAGGCUUUGCCUGCUUGGUAUGAUGUAAGGGAAAUUGAAAGACUUGCCCAUUCUAAAUGAUCUUCACUGUGGCCUACCCUGUGCUUAUGGUCCCCAGCAUUUAGAAUAACUUGUGAAUGUUAAGUAUCGUCUCUUAUCUAAAUAUUAAAAGAUAAGUCAAACAUU